CUUAUGGCAUAUACAUCCCUUGUAAGAAGCAAACUGAAGUACACCUCAGUGAUAUGUAAUCCACAUCAAGCUUACUUAAUUAACAGUCUGGAGUCACUACAAAAUAAAGCGGCCCGGUUUAUAGCACGCGAUCACUCUGCUACUAGUAGCAUCACCCGUAUCAAAGAUUCAUUAGAUUUAAUGCCCCUCGUGACCAGAAGGCGAAUGGCACGUUUUUCGUUAUUUCAUAAAACCUACCAUAGUUCAUCAUCUUCCCGUCAAACGCACAUUAUGUCCGCUACUCGCAUUUUUCCCCGCUUUGGUCAUCCUAACAAUGUAAACUCAGUAUUUGCGCGUACUAACUUAAACAAAUACUCCCCGCUGAACCUCGCAAUAAGUGAAUGGAACGCUUUACCAAGUAAUAUUGCAGUCAUACAGGAUUACCAAACUUUUUUAGGCUUCUUGAUUUCUUUUAUCUCAGAAAAAGCCUAAGUCAUUAUCACUCUGUAUGCUUUGCUUCGCCAUGAAAACUUUGAAU